GAGAGGGUCUCCAUGAUGGUUAUACUGCUCAACUGCGUCACGUUGGGGAUGUAUCAACCCUGCAUGGAUGACAAGUGCGAAACCAAUAGGUGUAAGAUAUUGCAGCUUUUCGAUGACUUUAUUUUCGCGUUUUUUUCGUUGGAAAUGACCAUCAAGAUGAUCGCAAUGGGUGUGUUUGGUCGUGGCACGUAUCUCGCCGAUUCCUGGAAUCGCCUCGACUUGUUCAUCGUGUUAACAGGAGCGAUGGAGUAUAUCCUCAAUGUGGACAACUUGAACCUUUCCGCUGUGAGAACGAUAAGAGUGUUGCGACCUUUGCGAGCAAUCAACAGAAUACCAAGCAUGCGUAUCCUGGUGAUGCUCCUCCUGGACACCUUGCCCAUGUUGGGCAACGUCCUCCUCUUGUGUUUCUUCGUUUUCUUCAUCUUCGGCAUCGUCGGAGUGCAACUGUGGCAAGGCAUCCUCCGACAACGUUGCUACUUUAGUCAGAAUUUGAAUCGCACGUAUAAUAACACAUUGCCCGACAUAUCCCGUUUUUACAAGCUUCAACAAGACCAAGAAUACAUUUGCAGCAAACCGGAGCAAUCUGGAAUGCACAUUUGUGGUUCUUUACCUGAAUACUUUAACAACUCAAUAAUGUGUAACUUGACCAUCGAUCAGAAACUCUACGAUCCGAAAUAUGUAAACAACGAUUCGCAAUGUAUUAAUUGGAAUCUUUAUUACACGGAGUGUCAUGAUAAAGGACCGAAUCCGUUUCAAGGAACCAUCUCUUUCGAUAAUAUAGGAUUGGCUUGGGUGUCUAUAUUUUUGGUAAUAUCCCUUGAAGGGUGGACGGAUAUUAUGUAUUAUGUUCAAGAUGCACACAGUUUCUGGGACUGGAUUUACUUCGUUUUGUUAAUUGUGAUCGGUUCAUUUUUCAUGAUAAACCUCUGUUUGGUCGUCAUUGCGACCCAAUUUUCCGAAACGAAAAAACGUGAAAUGGAGCGAAUGCGUCUAGAAAGGGCCCGCUUCCAAAGCAGCAGCACUUUGGCCUCCUCCACCAACAACAGCGAGCCCACCAGUUGCUACGCCGAAAUCGUCAAAUACAUCGCCCAUCUGUGGCGGCGCAGCAAACGACGCCUUUUGAAAAAAAUAAGACUGUUCCGAGUGCGGCGAGAGCAACGUCGCGAACGCAAAAUGAUCUCCGGCGAGACCAUAAGACUUAAUUACGCGAAAAGACACCACCCUAAUUGUCCCCGCCUUCGGCACAACCAACCCCAAAGCGUGCCAAGUACUCGGGCCGUUUCCAGGAGGAGUUCGGUGUGUUUGAGUGAGAAUAGAAGCGACGAAGUGGAAUUCAAGAGGCCGAAUCUGCUCAAAGUGCCCUCAGCCUCGAAUCAAGAGAUUGCAACUAAUAAUAAUGAUAGUCCUACGAAUUUGCUUUCGCCACCUUGCGUCCCCAGUAACCGGAGGAGGUCCUCUGUGAUGUUUAGCGAUGUUGUUGUCUUACACGGAGACGAAUCAUCGCCCAGUUCGUCCUCCAAUCUCGAUAAAAAGAACGAAAAAAAUGUCUGCUCUAGCGAGAAGACAACGCAAGCCGGCGAUGGCAACAUUUGGCAAAUCUCGUCGGUGCCAAACCAACAACAAAUUCUGCAAACCCAGCAGCAAAUCGCUCAAGAUUGUUGCGAGCUAAUGAACGGAGAGGCAAUGACGUGUCAAGAACUGCUAGCCUUAGGGGCUAUAAAUGCCGCCUUGCCGACCGGUCAAAUAGUCCUUGACACGUUCUUUAGUUCUUUAACAAAAGGCAUUAACAGAAGCCGAAACACUGAAGAAUUAUACAUGCAGCAAUUACCCGAUGAUGACUUCAGUUGUUGUCAAGAUUUAUGGCAUUGUGAAUCCGAGUAUAAGAAUGAGAAGCGGUCAAGACUUUACAUCUUGUGUUGUAUGGCCUUGAAGGGGUUUAUCAAGGGGGUGAAAUAUUUCAGACGGAAGAUCAAGCUCCUAGUCGAGCAUCGGUACUUCCAACAGGGUAUUUUACUAGCGAUUUUGAUCAAUACGUUAUCGAUGGGUAUCGAGUAUCACAACCAACCGGAUUAUUUGACCCAUCUAGUCGAGACUAGUAAUGUGAUUUUUUCGGCAAUUUUUGCCGUGGAAAUGUUACUAAAAAUCAUAGCCGAUGGUUUGUUUGGGUAUAUUUCAAAUGGGUUCAAUGUUUUCGAUGGGAUUAUCGUGGUUUUGAGUGGCAUUGAGCUGUUUCAAAAAUUUCUUGGUCAGUCUCACACCGACUCAGGUUUGUCCGUUUUGCGGACAUUUCGCUUAUUGAGGAUAUUAAAACUGGUCAGGUUCAUGCCAAAUUUACGUCGCCAGUUGUUUGUAAUGUUACGAACGAUGGAUAAUGUCGCUGUAUUCUUCUCACUUCUUAUCCUUUUUAUUUUUAUCUUCAGCAUUCUGGGGAUGUACCUUUUUGGCGGUAAGUUUUGCAACUAUAGAGCUGAAGAUGGAAGCAUUAAAGAGUGCACAUGCCAUAUGAUCGUCACAAAUGACGAGCGAUGCGAGUGUGAUCGCAAGCACUUCAACAAUUUUCUCUGGGCCACAGUCACAGUAUUUCAAAUUUUGACGCAAGAAGAUUGGAAUGUCGUUCUUUCAAACGGAAUGGCCAAGACAUCACAUUGGGCCGCACUUUAUUUCGUCGCACUGAUGACUUUCGGGAAUUACGUUUUGUUUAAUUUAUUGGUUGCGAUUCUGGUGGAAGGAUUCAGUGCGGAAAGAAACGAAAGGAGGGAGAGGGAACAGAGGGAAAUGGCCAGGAGGAAAAUGUCGUGUAUGUUGGAAGCGAGCUUCAGGGGGAGUUCUGAAGAGACCAGCAGGUCGGUGUCGAGUUCUAGUGGAAGCUACAUACAGGACACGAAAAACUGUUGGAGAUCAGCUGAAGAACUAAGAAAAGUUAAAGAUUUCAACGAGCAUAGGGCGUCCAUAGGAUUGAUAAAUUGCAACUGUCGGGAAAAACUUAUUGAAAAAGAUUGCGGUUUCAUAGAUAUUCAAGGGCCUCUGGAACCGAAAUGCAACAUUCAGAAAGAGUCAAUGCUGAAACAGCCUUCAAGACAGACUUCGCCCCCGAUCAUCACCCACACCGCCGCCACCCCUCAAGACUCCCCCAGUACGACCUUGGAUGACUUCCCCGAGUUCCGCUACAAUGUAACAACGGUGACCCUCGACUGUCCUUCUGGCAGUGACAGCAGUCCUGGGGGCGUAUCGACGACCGAAUCGACACAAAAGACAUCAAGUUUGAGUUUGCUAAAACCGCCGUCGCUAUCGCCGCCCCCGCUGACAUUCCGUCAAUUCGAGAGGACUUUAGAAGAAGAGCAGCCGCCACCCCUGAGCGGAAAAAUCGUGAUACAUAAUGAGAAAAUCGGCUCGAAAAUCAUGACGUUUUCCGAGAAAGUUGCUUUGCCGAAAGAGAAAAGUCAAGACAAGGGGAAAAUCCAGAGGAAAUGCUCGUGGAAAUUGACAAAUCGGCCGAGUUUGAGACGGAAGAAAAAUAGGAGUGGAUCGGAUUCGGAAGCUGUGCCUUUGAACAACGGGAGGGAUCAUUCGCAGUGCAAUGGCGGGGGCGUCAGUAGACAUGCUAGUUUGCGCAACGACUCGCUUUUACAAUCAUCCAUUCGAAUCCAAAACGAUACCCAACGAGAUGCUCCAAACAACCGGAGUGCCAAAGGGUUAAGUCCCCAAAACUCCAUUAGAUGUAGAUCAAACACUUACAGCUCUGUUUCACAAGUAACCACCGCACCCACCUUAACACGUCACAAUUCUUUAGUCACGUCGACCAUAACCCAAUCGAAAAUUAACACACAGAUCAACAAAUGUAGCAGUCCGACUCUAUCGAGGAAAUCCACUCAGAAUGAACCGAAAUCGGUCAACAGUCUCAACGAUAAGUCUCUCCCAGAACGGACCCUCCCCAAAAUCAAGAUGGAGGACUGCAUUCCCAGCGAAGAACCAACCAGGAUAACCGGCUUGAAAAAAUUGAUACGGAUAUGUGAACCCACAGGGUGUCUCAAGGAACGCGAGGACUUCUCCUUGUAUAUAUUCCCACACGAGAACAGGUUCCGACAAUGGUGCUAUUGGUUCGUCAAUCAAAAGUGGUUCGACAAUACCAUUUUACUUUUCAUCGCUAUGAAUUGCAUCACCCUUGCCAUGGAAAGACCCAACAUUCCGCCCGAUAGUAACGAACGGUUUUUUCUCUCGACUUGUAACUAUAUUUUUACUGUAGUUUUCACCAUCGAAAUGUUUGUCAAGGUCGUCGCUUCGGGGAUGUGUUACGGCCCCAACGCGUACUUCACCUCCGGCUGGAACAUCAUGGACGGCUCCCUCGUCAUCAUAUCAAUCGUCGACUUACUAAUGUCUCUGAUCCGUUCCAACAGCCCCCGAAUUUUCGGCAUUUUGCGUGUUUUCCGCCUCUUGCGCUCCCUGCGCCCCUUACGGGUCAUAAACCGGGCGCCAGGACUCAAACUCGUCGUCCAAACGCUGCUAUCGUCAUUGCGACCCAUCGGAAACAUUGUCCUUAUUUGUUGUACUUUUUUCAUCAUUUUCGGGAUUUUGGGUGUACAACUGUUCAAAGGUUCCUUCUACCAUUGCGUGGGGGAGAAUUUGACCGGUAUAGUGACCAGAAACGACUGUGAUAGCCGGAAGUACCAAUGGGCGAACCAGAAAUACAACUUCGAUGAUUUGGGACAAGCCCUAAUGUCACUUUUCGUGUUGAGUUCGCGCGAUGGUUGGGUAAACAUCAUGUACAAUGGGUUGGAUGCGGUUGGACUUGACCAGCAACCCAUUGUGAACUACUCGGAAUGGAGGUUGUUGUAUUUCAUCUCGUUUAUACUCCUAGUGGGGUUUUUUGUACUCAAUAUGUUUGUUGGGGUGGUUGUGGAGAAUUUUCAUAGGUGCAGAGAGGAACAAGAGAAGGAGGAAAGGGUUAGAAGAGCGGCCAAAAGGGCACUCCAGUUGGAAAAAAGGAGACGAAAAAUGAAUGAACCUCCUUAUUACAUCAACUACGCCCCUUGGAGACUCUUCAUUCACAACGUGGUAACUUCCAAGUACUUCGAUUUGGCUAUUGCUGCCGUCAUUGGGUUAAAUGUCGUCACAAUGGCCACCGAAAGCUACAGAAUGCCACCCAUCCUCAGCUACGUACUAAAAAUCUUCAACUACUUCUUCACUGCGGUGUUUAUCCUUGAAAGUACCAUGAAAAUCAUCGCUUUGGGUUCAGUGCUCUACAUUAAAGACAGAUGGAACAUCCUGGACAUUGUCAUUGUUAUUUUGUCAGUAGUUGGGAUCGUUUUAGAGGAAUUAAAAUCAAACAUAAUCCCUAUAAACCCAACUGUUUUACGAGUGAUGCGAGUCAUGCGAAUAGCCCGAGUUCUGAAACUCCUUAAAAUGGCAAAAGGGAUUAGGGCACUACUCGACACCGUCAUGCAAGCCCUUCCCCAAGUUGGCAAUUUAGGCCUAUUGUUUUUUCUCCUGUUUUUCAUUUUUGCCGCCCUUGGAGUUGAACUUUUUGGCCGGUUGGACUGCAAGAAGAACAACUGCCAAGGUCUUGGAGAGCACGCCCACUUCGAAAACUUCGGUAUGGCCUUUCUGACGUUAUUCCGCGUGGCCACUGGUGACAACUGGAACGGCAUUAUGAAGGACACUCUCAGUGACGAAAACUGUGAUAAAGCGGCCGAAUGCGUGACCAAUUGUUGCGUUUCCAAAAUAAUCGCCCCAAUUUUCUUCGUAAUUUUCGUCCUAAUGGCGCAAUUCGUGUUGGUUAAUGUCGUGGUUGCGGUUUUGAUGAAACAUUUGGAGGAGAGUCAUAAACAUUUGGAGGACGAGCAGGAUUUGGACAAUCAGAUUGAGAGGGAAUUUCAGGAGAAACAGGAGAUGGAGGAGAAAAGGGAGUUGUGUCUGGCACUUCAGAUGGAUCAGGAGUGUCAAAGACAGCGUAAACCACUCACUAAAGUACUGUCACUGCCAUCGAAUUUCACUUACAAUCCUCCGGGGAGUAAAGUGACUCUAGAGCGGAAACCGUCGUUUACGCAGACGAGAAGACAGACUUUACACAGCCACCAACCAAUCACUUUACUCAAUUUGGACGAUAUUAGGAAUAUAGAUGAGUCGCUUUCGGAUAUUUAUAGCAUCCAGGAGUACAAGUGUGAGGGAGUGGAGAAAAAUCAUAGACAACAAAUGCAAACAAAUCUAGACGAAAUCAUAUCUUUGAACCAAACCGAGACAUUAUUAAGAGUCCCAAAAACGGAAGAACGAUUUCCUUUGAAGAGAAUCAACGAAACAAACGAAAACAAUCGAUUGUCACUUCCGGUAGACCCCAAACCGAAAUUUUACGGAAGUACCAAACACCUAUUUACGAAACAAUUAUCAAUGGAGAUAACGGAAGAAACGCCAUUUUUGCAAGUGCCCCCAAUUCAAGUCGAAGUCAAUAAAACCGAAGAAAAGGAAUUGAAAUUACCGAAACACGAUAGCCAGGAAAGCGUUCAAAGGAUUAUCACCGAACGAAGAAAACUCGACGAAAAUUUCAAAGAGUUCAACGAGUUUGACAUUUUCGAUGUUACAACACACGGUAGUGAAGAGAACUUAGUGGACGAACAACGAGAAAAAACAGACAGUGAAAACGAAAAUCAGUGUUAGUUUUUUGAUAAUUCGUGUGAUUCUUCCCUAGUUACCUAUUUUUAUAUCUGUAAAUAGCAUGUGUAAAAAGUCGGUUUUCUAGCCUAUGGUUUUAUUUUUACAUAUCUGUAGUCAAUGGUUUAGUAUUUUGUACACUUGUUGAAACGUGGUAGGAAUUGUGAAAAUAAUUUUAAAAAAAUCAAACUAAAAAUGUCACACAUUUGGCAGAAAGUCUCGUCUCUAGCGACUCCAAUAUCAGAUACAAUAUACAGGGUCUUUGCAAAAUACAAUUAGUAUAGAUUUGGUGCUUACGAAUCAUUAGGAUUAGUUCUCGGGUGGCCCGUUUCGUUGACACCUUGUAUUAUUUCAAAGCCACCCGACUUGUGUUUAGCUAAACUAGAGUAAAGAGCGGGCGGCCAUCUUGCCGUCGACACAAAAUGGCCGCCCGGCUACUUAAUCGAAACAACUAAACGACUAGAUUAAAACAGUAACGUAAACUAUUAGAUAGAUUAAAAGUAGAGUAAAUUACUCUCCAUUAAACCGGGCAUGUAAUUAGACAGUUUCAAUGUUAAAUACUCGCACUGAAACUUCGGAUAAUAACUAAUUAUUGUAAUUAAACCAUAGAAAAAUCAAAAUCUGCUUAAACUAGUCAAUUUUGUGUCAUAGUUUCGAGAUUCAGUGUUUCUAUGGGGCAAUAAUUUGUGGGAAACAACUUUUAAAUCGACAAUCUCAACUUCGCCUUCCAGGAGCUUCUCAUAGGAGUAAAUAAACAACUCAACUUAAAACAAUGUAAUUAAAAAAAAAACAUAGUUCGUGUGAUGUUAUUUUUUGUUACAAGUUUUUUUAUUGAAAACCGACCCUAAUCAAAAUCUAAUUCGAGCUUGAUUAGUGUCGGUUUUUCUAGUUACAAGUUGAAAUUUGGGGCAGUCUGUGAUAUUUUUGGUCCCCCUUUUAGAUUAGACAUUUCCGAAUUGAAUUUCUACAGGGAAAUUUGCUGAAACUUGGAGAAAUUCAACGAAUUUCCCCUCGUAGGUGCUUUCCUAGAUCAUUUCUUCUAUCCGUGCCUUUCUGUCUAUAGCAGAACUGUCUUUGUUUCUAUUUUUAAUGAUCAGUUUUAACCGAAACUCAUGUAAAUUAUUGUAUUUAGUAACUUUAAACUGAGAAUAAAACAUUAAAAAACGGCUUA